UGGAAAACCAAAAUCUAUCGUAUGGGGAGAUCAUAUUAAGCAAGGAAAGCAAAUUUCCAAGAGAUAUUGGAAUGCAACAUGCAAUUAUUGUAACCAAUUUUGGUAUAAGGGUUCUCCUGCUGCUCUCGAAGACCACUUAGGUAAUUUAUGUAAUAACGUGCCACUGGAUUCAAAUCAAGCACAACUUUCAGAUUUUAUCGAAAAUACAAAAUUGACGCCAGAACGUAUUAAAGAUAUAAACAGAGCAUUGGUGAAAGCUUUUGUUGUUUGUGGAAUCCCAUUUCACAUUAUUGAGAACCCGUUUUUUAUCGAAUUAUUAAAAACAUUACGUCUGCCGUAUGAACCUCCAUCUAAAGAUAUCUUUUCUGGUCAUUACUUAGUACAAGAAAUAGCGUUUGCUAAUCAGACGGUUAUUAAGAAAUUAAAUAGUUCAAAAAAUCUAACUAUAG